AUGUCGCAGCUUUUUACAGUUUCAGACAGACAGCCCUACCUGGACUUGAAAGGCGAAGAACACAAGGCAAAGGAAAUCUGGGAAGCAGAAUCUGAUUCCGACAACGCACAUCGUGCCCACAGUGGAACAGAGAACCGGAUGGCCAUAAAGAGGCUCUUAGGCCACGCUAAUUCCAUACUGUCUGCACCUAAGGUUCUUGCUUUCCUUGCAACUUUUCCCCCAGACCCUGAAGCUUUCUCCGGUCAGUCGACACCGCCGCGCCUCUGCCCGGGAAGAGCAGCCUCAUCGUCUUCAUGGAGUAUAGGGAUGAGCAUAGACUGCAACGGGUGCUACCAGAAGAUCAGGAGGGCUCUGCUCCAGAUGCAAGAGCUGGAGAGCCACCUGAUCGACCGAAAGCACGGCCGGGUGAGCGUGUGCGGAGCCUUCAGCCCGCAGGACGUGGCCAUCAAGAUCAGGAAGCGCACCAACCGGCGCGUCGAGAUACUGGAGCUCAGGGAGGCCAUGGGGCCACAGGCCGGCGACGAGCAGAACGCUGCGGCCCAGCAUAUGCCUUGAAUCUCUCACCCGCCUCCCACGCUAGCUACUUGUGUUGCUGCUACCAGCACCUGGAUGCUGCUGCUCUAGCUUCAGUACCUGAAACUCAUCGACUGCCAAAUGAAACCUACUUUUCAGAGGAUUUAGUACCUCUCUUUU